CAUUUAUCGUUAUCGGCGGGUGACACUAUUUCGGUUCGCGGUUCUACGGUUUUGUUUCACUGAAUUUCGACACCAUGGCGGCCCAGACAAUAUUGUUUGAUUUUACGCUGGACAAGGACAAAACCGCCGACGAGGAGUCGCGCCUGAAAGUGGCGAAGAUCCUGCGGAGCGAGCUGGAGCAGGUGUUCCCCCAGCUGGAGCUGGCCUACUCGAUGGAGUCGCCGGAGAACGGAUACUUUGCGGUGCUGCACGAGAACAAGGACACGGUGAUUACCUGCCGGAUCUUCCAGCACGGUCUGCUGACCCUCAACGUGGAGUACUUUCUGCCCGACGGCAAGGAGCCGAGCAUAUCCUUCGACACCAUGCGCACAGUGGAACUGAUUCUGCGCCAGAAAUUUGAUUCCGAUCGGUCCAAGUACUUGCCGCCGAUUAAGCGCGGUGGAUAUAUCGACAUAUACAUGACUAGCUCAGAUGAGCGCAUCAUCGAGUACGACAUCGACAAGGUGGUUUUCGAGGCGCGUUCGCCCUUCCAGAAGAUACAAAUCAUGCACUCGAAGACGCUGGGCAACAUGCUGCUGCUGGACGAACUGCAAAACAUUGCUGAAUCCGAUUUGAUCUACACGGAGACCUUAAUGUGUCGCGGCGUGGAGAACUACGAGGGCAAGGAGAUCUGCAUCCUGGGCGGCGGCGAUGGAGCUUUGCUGUACGAGUUGCUUAAGGAGAAUCCAAAGCAUGUGGUGAUGCUGGAGAUUGAUGAGCUUGUCAUGCAGACGUGCAACAAGUACCUCAGCGUGAUCUGUGGCGAUGUGUUGGAGAAGCGCAAGACCGACCAGUAUGAGAUCAUUGUGGGCGACUGUGUGGAGUACUUGAAGAAGUUCAUUGCCCAGGGCCGCAAGUUCGACUACGUGUUCGGGGAUCUCACGGAUAUUCCCAUAACCGAUGCUCCGGAGGGCGAGACCUGGGACUUUAUCCGCACGAUCUUCGAGCACUCGUUCAAAGUGCUGAAGGCCGAUGGCAAGUAUUUGACCCACGGCAAUGGUUCCACCUGCAAGGUGCAGCUGCGUCUGUUCGAGGAGCAGUUGGAGCUGCUUCGUCCCAAGGUGAAGUUCACCACCACCAAGGCGUUUGUGCCGUCGUUCAUGGAAGAGUGGCUCUUCUACCAAGUGACCUUCGCCUGACAAGCUCAGGGGGAUUGUUCAGCAGCAGCAGCAGCAGCAUCAGCAGUAGCUACUUUAAGCGCACCAACAACCGCCAAUCACACACCAGCAUCACACAGAAGGAGUCAGAGUCCGGAGAUGCUCCAGUUGCACUCCUACACAGUCACUCUCCAUGGAGCAGCAACAGAAGUUCGGGAGCAGGAGCAGGAGGACAAGGAUAAGGAUAAGAAUAGGGGAAAUGUGGGGCUAUUGAAACCGCGACCAAGGCGUCGCAAGAAGCGUGUGCACUACCACCACACACUGGUUUCUUAGUCCAUCGUACGGAUGAGCACAAGCUGAUCGACCAUCAUCGAAACCAUCGCAACAAGACCCAAACAAAAGAAAACACGCACUUCCAAUGGCUGUUACUUACAAUUGAAAACCAAACCGAAACCAAAUACUGAACCCAAUUCGUUUACGCUUAAGUUAGGCUUUAGUUCCGUUUCUCGUCCACUGAUUUCAAUGCUAAAAUUAAGUCAAAAGUACAACCUUUAAGCAAGGACAGGCUAAAUAACUUAUGUAUUCGUGUUUAUUUGAAUUACGCCUAAGUAUAGCAUGUUGGACAACUAUUUGUAAUAUUUCGUAUAACGUAUAAAUCUAUAUAUGUAGAUCAUAAAAUGUUCAGUUAUCCAUUAACGAGCAGAUUGUGGCGGGAAAGGCCCGGUCGAGAAUGUGUGCAUGAGGGUGUGCGGAAGCGUAGCAGAAACACCAACUUUUAAUGCUGUAAUAACGAUUAAUACCAAACAUUUUAAACGAUACAAAUUACAAAGUAAAUAUAUAGUCGUAUGCAGAAAUUUAA